AUGUCCUACCCACAGGACAGACAAACACAGCCGGAGACAACACCCCCACGGUCCCCCGGGCUGCCGCCGACCGUCAACGAAUCUCCCAUCCCCCUCAACGAACCAAACCACCAUCUCUUGAGACGUGAAGACCUCGAGGCACUUGAACAGGCCAGAAGACGCCACGACGCGAUGCAACAAGCGGCGAUCCAUCCUAACGAGAUGGUUCCGUACAGCCACCAUCCGUGGGGCGCAGGCUACCCGUGGCCAAACCACACGUACCGACCGCCGCCAUACCCCGCCCCCCAGCCGUGGAACACCACCUCUGCGUACCCUCCAAGCUACACGUCGCCAUACAACGCCCCUCAACAGCCGGCAAGCAACGCCUACCACGAGCCAGUGUCUCGGCACCUACCGCCUCUACCUCCCUACCCGCCCCGCCAACCUUCUCAGUCGCAGCGAGUCGGGUCGCCGUCCCCUCCGCAUCAUCUUCCACCCCUUCGCACCACCCCUGAUACCCCUGAACCCCCCCGCUUUCACAACAAGAACCACGUCGACAUUAUGGUCGCAGCCGUAGCCGAAGUCCUGCAUGGAGUGUUGACUGGAGUGUUGAGUGGAUUCCUGACCGCAGGCACGGCCAAGGCCAAGGUCGAGGUCGAGGACGCGGUCGAGGUCGCGGUCGCGGUCGCGGUCGUGCAGGAAGCGGUCGUGCAGGAAGGGCCAUGCCCAACACCGCACACCACCAAGGAGCACAAUACGAUGUCUGGCACGGCCAAGGCACAGAUCCCAUGUCCGAUGAGGAACGGGACACCACACAACACCGCCGGUCCGCACAAGGCCCAGCCACACAGUCGCCCUCCACACUCGGGGAAGGCACAAACAGCAUGUCCGAUGCCGAACACAGCCAGGCCACACAAGGCCCUCCGGGACAACAAGAAGACCGGCAAGGUGAUCCUCCCACGGGACGCGAAACGACUGACGUUGGCCGUGGCAGGGACUUCCGAGCCACCACUUCCCGCGCACUAG